AUGUUCAAAUUAAUGGCAAACUACAAAGUAGCUGAUCUUGGUUGUGGUGAUGGAAGAUUAAGUCAGUUAUUGCCUAGUAAUUACGAAGUGUACUCUUUUGAUCUUGUCUCCGUAAACGAACAUGUCAUUGCUUGUGAUAUGGCUCAUACACCUCUUAAAAACAGCGAAGUUGAUAUCGCAGUGUUUUGCUUAUCUUUAAUGGGAACCAAUUGUUCAGAAUUCUUGUAUGAAGCGAAUCGCAUUUUGAAAUCUGGUGGUGUUCUGAUAAUCGUUGAUGUAACUAGCAGAUUUGAUGGAAAAUUCAAUGAUUUUUUGAAAAAACUAAAGCGUUAUGGGUUCGCUAAACAAUUUUCAGAGAUAACUAGCGAUACGUACUUUGUUCGUGCUCUUCUUCGCAAAGCAUCUUCUUGUUCCUCAGAGCUUGUGCACAGUUUACCGAAACUAAACUUGAAACCAUGCUCUUAUAAAAAAAGAUGA